AUGUUACCAAUAUCAAGAAUUUUAUUAGCCAAUAUCAAGCCACUUUCCCUAUAUAAAAACGUUUCGUCCAUGACGGCACUCCCAUCGCCAACACCGAUCUAUACUAGUACUGUUUCAGAUACAUUGAUACGUAUUUAUAAUAAAUAUCAUCAAAAAAAUGAUAUUAGUUUUGCCAAAGCUGCAUGUCAAGCAGCGAAAUAUCUCGAUGAAUAUUUCUCUCAUUCAGAUCAAAGAUAUCGAAAUGACAAUUUGAUAUUUCUGUAUCAGAUUUAUCAUACCUUUGCUGAAAUGAUAUUCUACACAUUGGAAAUUGUUGAAUAUGAUCAUUAUACAAACAAUACACGUGAUCUUGAAAAUAUUCAUUAUAAUAUCUAUCGAAAUACAGAUUUCAAUGAACACUGUAGUUCAGAUGAAGGUCUACAUGGUGAAACAUCACUAUUCAUGAUCUCACACAUUGCACAAAAGACCAAAUUCGAUACUGAUUUCACACUCAGAGAAUUUCAACGGCAUACUCAGCAUGUCGAUGUAUAUAUCGGCAAACUAAUGUUGUAUCUUCAAGCGAAACAUCUUAGCAAUAUCAAAUAA